AGCACGGUAAAAAUGCGUUGAGAACGAUUUGUAUAAGUUUGCUGUUUUUGUAUCGCGACGCGCGUUAAAAUAGUGUCUAAGGUGUAACUCGUUGCAUUAAAAUAAGUGUUAGUUGAGCCCAGUGGUUUGAUUCAACGCCCAGAUACCAUCCCCUGGCCGAGGUAGCUUCGGGGACGGCGCCGGUCCUCGCUCUGGACCUUAAAAGAGCGUGGUGGUCCAGCCUAGGUGUGAGGGGCCGGAGACGACGCGUCGACGGCUACGAGCACCAUUUCUUCGGUGUACCAGACCGGCGGGUCCAGGACCUGGCCGUGUAGCGUACAUUUUGGUGUUACCCAUAAGGGGAACGAACCGUUAUCAGCACGAUAUUGGAAGAUAACCCUCGAAUUGGGACAAGAUUCAGGACCGAAGCGGUCUACAAUCAGCAGAAUCGAGGAUUCGCGUCAUUCCAGCAUUUAGUGUUAAAUUCCGUGGAUCCGUGCGUUGGACGCUAAAUAACGAAGUGAAAAUCAAAACCGCAUGGGUUUUUAGGUUAUUAGUGUUGUGCCAAUUUCAUUGAACAGAUUACCGGUUAAGUUGCCAAGUUGGUAACAUUGAGUGACUAACUUCACAUCGAACAACUGUCAGCUGUCAGAAUCGGCCAUAGUGUAUAGACUCUAAGUUACGUCAAACUUCAAGUUGUUGACAUAUUAAACGUCAAAUUCAUUUACUUGCCGGAUCGAUAUUGUUAAUCGCUAUUAUAAUAUAGAAAACAAGUGUUACAAUUUAGAGUUAACUUUACUGUGAGAUAUUUGUGUUCAUAGCAAACAUGUCGCUAAAAGCCGCAAAGGUUCAAUUAAAGACGCGUUAUUUAAUGUUAACGGAUUAUGCUGGCACAAUUGUGGUACGACCAGGCACGAUCGCCGCGACCGUAGCAAGGAGGCAUUUCCGAGAAGCCUACAAAACGUAUGUUUCGGCAUACGAGUCAUUGGUGGCGAGUGAUUCGGAACUUGCAGAGGAGGAAAGACUACUGUACCAGCAGCAAUUUAGCGAGAAGUUGCCCCUGCGCGUAAAGACGCUCUUUGAGGAGCGGCACGGGACAGAUCCGCAAGUGCUACCGACCCUUACCCAGCUAGUGUCGCUACUAGAUGAACAAUGCCGGGUGCAGCAGGCGAUCUCCCCUGCAGCAGUGGAACGAACUCCUGCGGCACGCCGGUCACCCACUGCUAGAGGUCGAGGCGGCGCAGCGCCGGCUCACCACCUGGCAGCCCCCCGGGUCCUGGCAGCACAACCGGAACCCAAUGAUCAGGCAUGUCGGUUGAGGAACCAGCAGCUGCAAAGGCUGUGCAUCGAGUGCAAGAUCAGCCACCGGCUCAGUCAGCCUCGUGGAGGCGAUCACCACCGCAGCGGCGGUCACCACCUCGACCGGCCCCGCCACAGGAGAGAGGGCCGCAGCAGGCCCACUCAUCACAAUCAUGCUCACCACUACCGUGGGGUGUGGAGGAAGCUAGGACUCCCUCCCUAUCAAACCAGACACCUCUUUUGGUGGCUGCUGGUCACGUUCCACGCCUGCCGGUUGGAGCGAGGGCCCGCCAGGCGCAGGAGACCUUCCACUCCUUGCGCUUUGGCACUCGACGCAGCCCUGAGCCCCGGCAAUGAAAUGAUCUCACUGUUGGUGAACCAGAGGCACGGUGGAUGACGCCAUCCAUCCGUGUCAGUCCUACAGCCAUUGUUCUUGUUAGAUCAGGUAAUGGUACUUACGUUAAGGCUAGAUCUUUGCUGGAUACCGGCGCGGCUUGCUCCAUAGUAAAGAAAUCAUUUGCAGAUGAAGUAGGUUUGCACCAACAGUUUAAUGGUACUAAUAUAUUUGGAAUCGGUGAUCAAAAGGUCAAUGUCCCCGGGACAAUAGCAAAGGUAGUAUUCAGGCCGGUAGGAAAAAUAGUUCCGAUAAUUAGCGUUAUAGCUACAGUUAUGUAUACAGUUACUGGGAAUAUUCCAUAUGUAAAUGCAUACCUCAAGGGUCACUUAGAUGCGACGCAGCUCAAGUUGGCAGACCCAAAGUUUGAUGUAUCUCAAGAUGUAGAUAUCAUUUUUGGACUGGAUAUAC